GGUUUGCAGCACAAGAGCAGCUCAGAUGAAGCCUUCCCUCGAUGUGAUUCGAAGCUGGCGUAUUUCCACAAAAAGCACUCCACGAAUGUGCAUGGCUCCACAAUUCCAGUCGAGGUUGAGGUGACUCUGAAGCAAUGUAGCCAAAAACAAACUCAUUGGCAGGCAAGUGAAGAAACGGAAGAAUCAGAGGAGAAAUUGUCAAUAGCCUGAUUAUUGUUAGAUCAUGUUUAAGUCAGCGAGAUCGCAGGCAACGCCAGAGUCAUGAUUGAUUCGAUCGAUCGUCAAGAUCAUUAACGAGAACGGGGUCAAAGCAAGAGGCUAAUUAAUCCAUCCAUCCCGUCAAUCAGCAGGAAACGGCUGCGAUGCAGCGACGGAGGAAGAUCAGUGAGCGAUCAGUGGCUGGCUCAGUUUCAGGCAGAGGCAGUGGUAACAAAGUCAAAGCAUGGAUCGAGCAUGAGAUGGAAGGAGUCUCGUCCUCGUCCUCGUCCUCCCCCUCCCCUCGGUCCUGAAGCUGUGGAAGAAAGGGAGGGAGGGAGGGAGGGAGGGAGGGAGGGAAGGUGGGGCCCGCCUGGGGGGGGACGAGGACGAGGAGGAAGAGAGGUGGAGGCCACAUGAUGGGGAGAAGGAGAUGGGGGCCGCCAUAGCUUUGGCAGCUAGCAUGCAAAGAGGGCCUUGCGGUUGUCUGCUUUCGUCGCACAAUUGCAUGUCUGCAGGCGGCCACUUUUGCAGGCGAGGGUGCUCAGCACUCAACUCUGCAGAGCUGCUCGUGUAAGCCGAGCCGAGCAUAGCCAGGCCAGGCCAAGGCCGCCUGCGAAUCUGCAGACAGACGGGCGAGCGAGCGUCGUAGCCUGCGUGCGGGCCCACCGAUCGAGCCCUUGGAAGGCGCUGCUCGCUCCGAUCUGCCGCUUGCUUUCUCCAUGCAUUGAAACAUUCGUGCCAAAACUCUCGCCUUCCUCCUAAAGCUCCUGCAGCUGCCCUCUCCAGGAGCCAUCUCGUCUCUCACCUCGCCCCGAGAGACUGAGACAUUGACCUCGAGCCACCACUGCAAGACCGAGAGCUGAAGCCCGCUCGUCUCUCCCUCCGAAGCGCACCAAAUCGAAGGCCAGGGACAGAAAAGGUGUUAGUAGAGAGAGAGAGAGAGAGAUGGGGACCUCGAGAGUUGCGGUCGGACUCGUGCAGUUGAUCUUGCUCGCUCCGUUGAUCCACGGCGCUUGCUUCCCGGCGCUGUUCAAUUUCGGAGACUCCACUUCGGACUCGGGAGGCAUCCACGCCACCUUCCCCCGGCAGACUCCGGCCGAGUUCCCCCCCUACGGCGACACGUACUACGGCCGACCUUCGAACAAAUACAGCGAUGGCCGCCUGCUCGUCGACUUCUUGUGUCAAGCCAUGGGGCUGCCGAAUUUGCACUCGGCCAUGCAGACCGUGGACUCGGACUACUCGCACGGGGCCAACUUCGCCACGGCCGGCGCCACCGUCAUGCCCAUCACGUACCUCUCGCCCUUCCCGUUGCCCGUCCAGUAUCUGCAAUUCCUGCGCUUCCAGCAGGAUGUCAUCGCCCUCCGCAACAACCCAGCCACGAAGCCGUCGCUGUUGAGGCGCAUUCCGACGCUGGAGUCGUUCAGCACGGGGCUGUACAUGAUCGGCAUGGGAGGAAAUGAUUUCACAUUCGGGUACACCAAGGGCCAGAACAUCACCCAGGUGCAGCAGUUUCUGCCGCAAGUGGCAGCAGGUCUCGUGCAAGCGGUGAACGUGCUGUACUCGGCGGGAGCCAGGAACAUCAUCGUGCACGACAUCGAGCCGCACGGUUGUCUGCCUUACAUGCUCACCUUGGUUCCUCACUCGCCCGAAGAUCUGGACGAGUAUGGCUGCAUGGUCGACUACAACGAAGCGUCCAAGUGGUUCAACAGACUGCUCAAGGAACAAUUGGACGAAGCUCGUGCUUCGCUUCCCGGCAUCAGCCUCCACAUGCUGUCCACCUACACCAUCAAAAAAGAAUUGGCCGAAAACCUCACUGCUGCCGGAUUCGAGUUCAAUACCAAGGCUUGCUGCGGAGUGCCGUCGGAGUACAACUACAACUUGCAGGUGAACUGCGGAAAGACGAAGACCAUCAACGGAGUGACAUUGACAGCCGUGAAGUGCGACGACCCCAACAAGUACACCGUGUGGGAUGGAGUGCACAACACCGACGCUGGCAACCGAUACGUGGCCCAACAAAUUCUCACCGGCAAGUACUUCGAUGAGCCCUUCCCCAGGCUCACCGACGAGUGCGAGCUCAAGGCCUUGGAUUAGAAGACUCUUGCAGGACAUCACAGGUCUGUUCAGUUCAAUAUGCAGGCUUCAGAGUAGACGACGACAACAACAACAACAACAACAAUACUUGGAGCUUUUUUUCUGGCUGGCUGGGAUCGAGAGAGACAGAGAGGGAGGGAGGGAGGGAGCUAGGGAGAGAGAGAGAGAGACAGAGAGACAAGGAGGUUUCAGCUCGAACAGUUUUUUAUUGAUCGAUUCGUCGGAAUGAGAAACUAGCAUCAGUGACUACAAGAUCUACUCGGACUCCGAGGCAUCGAUCGAUUGGUGAGCGUGAUCACUCGAAUGGCUGGCUGGCUGGCUGGCAGGCAGGCUGCACGGCAACAGGGCGUCCCCGCCCCUCCCAUGCACCCCAUCCCAACCCACCCCAACCCACAACUGGACUGGGAAAUCGUUUAGGCGAGUGUGCACAUACUAGUAUCCAGAUCAACCACAGCUCAAUUGGUUACGUGUGGAGUCGAAGAUCAGAGCCAGCAUGAUUCGUCCAUCGACCUUGGCACCAUAGAUAGCUGCUGCACCUCUAUCUUGGACCUCUACUUGGAAUCAUAGGGGCUCGAGGAGUGGUAGACAAAAAAACAUGUUACGGUGAUCAACGUAUUAUUGUACACCGAUACGUAGAUUGAUAGACUGACAGGCGAUCAUGAUCUCUCGAUAGCUUGCUUCUCGGUCGAUCAUGAAUAAAGCGAUUAGUCUCAGACCUCCAUUCUCUGCAGCUCGCUGGCUCGCUGGCUGCAGACAGGGGGUCGGCAGUAGUAGUUUAGACGUUAAUUAUUCUCGAAAUACAGCAAACUGAUCACCAUCCAUCCAUUCUUUGCGAGCAAACUCAGUUAGUAGUAGUAGUAGUAGAGAUUCUGAAGUUUGCCCUGAAAUUACAAGGAUCUGCUUCAGAGGUUGGUCAUACCUCAACUGGACCUGUGAGGUGGGAGUUGUGAAAAAUAGAUCGGUCUCGGAAGAAGAAGAAGACUCAGUCAUACGACGACCCAGGAAUUCAUAUGAGGGAGCAGUGAAGAAGACAGACAGACACAAGUGACUUUGUCGAUCGGAUUGCUGUUGGGGGUUGUUUCGGCAUAGCCAGGCGGUUUGAAUGCAAAUAAAAAAGGCACAUCGUACGUACACUACAAGUUC